AUGAUUGCCUGGUCAGUAGAACUAUCUGAAUUCGGCAUCCAGUACGAAAGCCGCGGACCCCUGAAGGCUCAAUGCCUGGCUGACUUCGUAGCCGAUCUCACGCCGUCUACUCCCGUGGAACCCCAGGGUUACUUGAAAGAAGGGACCCUGCACGAAGACAAAGACGAAGCUCGGAAAGUGAGAAUGAGAUCAGCAAAAUUCAUCGUCAUCGGUGACGAGUUAUUCAAACGUGGCAUUUCCACUCCACUACUCAAGCGCUUGACUACAUCUCAAGAAGCCUAUAUCAUCAAGGAAAUUCAUCAGGGGAUAUGUGGAAUGCAUUCCUGGGCACACUCAAUGGCGACCAAAGUACUCCGAGCUGGGUACUACUGGCCCACUCUGAAAUUCGGAAUCCCUCACACCCUCGUUACCGACAACGGGCAACAAUUCAUUGCACAAGGAUUCAAAGACUUCCUCCGAGAGCUCGGCAUUAAGCAUCUCCCGACCUCGGUGGAACACCCCCAAACCAACGGCCAAGCUGAAGCCGCCAGCAAGGUCAUCCUCUGGGAACUUAAGAAGCGGCUAGGAAGCCCCAAAGGACAAUGGCCCGACGAGCUCCCCAGCAUCCUAUGGGCAUAUCAUUGCGCCCCCCAACGCCAAGUUUUCAACAACAAACAGAAUGCUCGAGAGUUGGCAGCUGACCUCGACUUGGUGGACGAGCUUUGA